UGAAGACAUGCCUCCGAAGCUCCGUACAGGCCCUCACGCGCGAAGAAAUAAAAGCCGAAGUAUACAGAUCAGUAUUGUGAAUGUGUGUUCAUAAGUUAUAAAAGGUGUUGAUUGGCUACCAUAAGCUAGCGACCAAAUAUUCUGUGGAAUUAUUUAAAUAUUAAACCCUCACAAACCUUAAUUACGACUGUUUUGUCGAUACAUGCAACGCAAUUGAAACUUGACCGAUUUCAACUCCCCAAACAGUUCUUCAGAGAAUAAUGACAGAAAAUGGUGCAGACUUUGAUGUUGAGCAAAAAAAAAAUCAGGAGUUUUCUUUCAAAUUAAAAGCCGGCGUGUUCCUGGCGUCAGUGGGAGGUCUGUCGGCGGUCGUGGGCUUCGGCACCGCGCUGGCGGCCUCGCGGCGCAGGGAGGCGCAGGGCUCGGCGCAGGGCUCGGCGCAUGGAUCGGCGCGCGCGGCGCUAGCGACGGCCGCGCCCUCCGACGGCGCGCUCCUCGCACUGCGCGCCCUCGCCUGGGGCACCGCCUACGCUGUGGGCGGCGUCGGCCUCCUCUGCUUCGGCGUCUGGAAGCUGAGCGGGGCCAACGACUUGAAAGAAUUUCGAUCUACGAUGGGAUCUGUACUGCCACGAAUUCCAAAAAAGGAGUCUUCUGGAAGAACUGAAUUUGAAGGACUUACUGAUCUGUUAAAAUAUAUUAUUAGUGAAAGUGAAAAUAAAAAAUCAAAAGAAUAGCGCAAAAGCAAAUGAGAUAUAUUACUAAAUUAGUUGUGUACCUACUUCCCCAAACUUAUAAUUUAGUUUCGUGUUGAAGUUGGUCUUUUUUCAGUUAUUCUGUGCAGAAAUUUUUAUACAAAUACUUUUGCGAAACGUCAUAUUGUUACGCACAUUUGUGUAAAUUGUUUGAAUUCAUGAUUUGGAGAUUUUUCUUUCUUAACGAUUAUUAUAAUAUUUAUAAUCUUCAAGCAGUACUUUUACGAGUGUAUAUAUUUUUAUUGAAGCAAUUGUUUUACGGAAAUACAUUUUAUCUUGUUCAUAUAUAAGGUGAUUUGUACGAAUUCUUGUAUGUUCAUUUCAUUUUUGAACAUGGACUAUUUGUAGUUUUCUAGUACCCGAGA